UCGCAAGGUGGCGCUGUGUGACAGGAAGUUGCAAUACAAAUCAUCAUCAUGGCAGAAGAGAAUGGAGAUGUGGACCUUUCUCAAGAUCAGACAGAGAAACUUCUUCAUUUUCAAGAUUUGACAGGAAUUGAAGACAUAGAGAGAUGUAAAGGUAUUCUUGAAGAACAUAACUGGGAUAUAGAGAUAGCAGUACAGGAUACUUUUAAUAAAAGAGAGGGUGUUCCAAAUGUAUUUACUCAACCUGAGGGUGUCAAAAUAACCAGAGAAUCUUUUUUAAGGGUUUUUACAGUGGCCAGACCUCCACCUCAAGGCCUUUUCCAAUGGUUGUACCACAUCAUCUUUUUCCCCUUCCGUUUUGUUUACAGUUCUCUAUUAGAUUUGAUCAGAUUUACAAUCAGACUGAUUCGUCCAGACCCAAGGAGGAAUGUAACAGACCCUGUUGGAGAUGUAACAGCCUUUAUAUCCAAAUACGAUGAGACUCUCGGAGGCGCGCAUCCAACGUUUUACCAGGGAUCUUAUAGUCAGGCGUUGAAUGAUGCAAAGAGAGAGUUAAGGUUCCUAUGUGUUUAUCUCCAUGGUGAUGAUCACCAAGACACCGCUGAUUUUUGUAGAAACACAUUAGGAAAUCAAGAAGUAAUUAAUUUUAUAAACACAAGAAUGUUGUUUUGGGCAUGCAAUACAAAUAGUCCGGAGGGAUUUAGAGUAUCCAGGGCAUUGAAAGAAAAUACUUACCCCUUUCUUGCAUUGAUUGUCUUGAGACAAAACAGAAUGACAGUGGUAGCACGAAUAGAGGGACCAAUAGGACCCAUAGAACUGAUUGAGAAAUUAGAGAGAAUCAUGCAGGAUAAUGAGGCCUCACUAAUAGCAGCACGUGCUGAUAGGGAAGAGAGGAACUUCACCCAGACACUGAGGAGAGAGCAGGAUGCUGCAUAUCUAGAAUCCCUGAAAGCUGAUCAAGAAAAAGAGAGGAAGAAAAAAGAAGAACAAGAUAAAAUUAACCAGGAGAAACAGAGGCUGGUAGAUGAAGAGAAGAAAAGACAAGAGAUGAUACAGGAGAGAGAAUUACUAAAAGAGAAAUUAAAGAGUGAAAUUCCUGAGGAGCCCUCAGCAGAUGACCCGGAUGUUGUUAGGAUCAUUCUGAAGUUACCUCAUGGGUCCAGGAUAGAGAGGAGGUUCCUCAAAAAUCAGUCAUUAAAGUACUUACAUUAUUUUGCAUUCUGUCAUGAGGACUGUCCGGAUGACUUUCACAUAGUGACUAAUUUUCCCAGAAGGACUUUACCCUGUCAGCCACCUAGUCAGGGCCCAGACCCGCCCUCCUUUGUGGAGGCGGGGCUAGGAAGGAGUGAACUGGUCUUUGUUCAAGAUAAUGAAGCGUGAUAUUUAUUAUAUGUAAGCUACAAAGUGAGAGGGAAAAACAGAAUGCAACAUAAUGUUGAAAGUUCCAUGAAAGGAAAAAGCAGGAAGAAAGAAUGUGCAAGUAUUUAUACAGAUGACAGUUGUGAUUGUUUGAAGAAAUGGAAAGCUAAGGCUGUUUUACUUUCUGAUUGUAUUUAUAAGAAUGUUGUUAUUUAAAACCAGACUUUAAAGGCUGCUGUUGCACUUUGUACGAGUAUCUGGGACACAGGUGUGUUACAGUUAAUGUGUAGCUCACCUUGGCAGUCGGAGCUUAUGCUAUAUUGCCCCAGUACUGCUUAGGUUUAUAUAUGUCUUCUUUUUUAAGCUUUAAGACAUACCUCAACCAAACUUUCAUGGAUGAUGUCAAGAUACCCAGUUUUUUUUCUGGCUUUGGGUGCAGCAUCUUGAGAAUUAUAUCACAUAGGCCAGUUUUCAAUAUUAGAUUCAGUACCCUUAAAAUUGAAUGGCAAUCAGGGACAAAGUCUUGUUUCAGAUACUAUAUAGUAUUUUACUACAAUGAUAACCUUAAUAAAUAAAACGACUAUAAAGAUGAACAUGUUAUCAAACAUUCAGUUGGUACAUGUACUCCGGGUAUUCCUCACUUUGACAAACAAGUGAGCUUGUUGUCUAUAAUUACGUACAUGUAUGUUAACUUUAGAGCACUAUAAAGGUAAAGUGUUUUAUAUGGCGUUUUCUUCCAAUCUUGAUUUUUCAUUGUAAGGCACUAGGUUUUGCUGUAAAAACGAAUCAUUUGUUUAUGUAUGAAAAGGUAGAUUUGAAAAAUAUUGCCCAAAUAGGUAUAGAAAUUGUCUACAUUGUGAAAUUAUACAAACACUGUUGAUGUAUGAAAAUUGGCAGAAUAAAAGUAUUCAUAUUGAUUUAUGAAGGAUUCUUGUUUUAAUAUAAUUUAGUUUCAGCAGUGGAAAUACCAUAUUUAUAUUACAAUGAAUAUUGUAUUUAAUAAAUAAACUUGGUCUAUUC